AUGAGGAGACCUCUCUUCGAGCGUAUUGUUCAUGCAUUAGGAGAAUGGUCUCCGGAAUUCACACAAAGGAGAGAUGCUCUUGACCGUGAUGGACUCUCUCCAUUGCAAAAAUGCACGUCGGCUAUUCGGCAAUUGUCUUAUGGUACCCCAGCGGAUGCUCUGGACGAGUACCUCAAGAUUGGUGAGAGCACUUCAGUUAAGUGCUUAAAAAUGGUUGUCGAAGGCGUGAUUGAUACAUUCGGCGAUAAGUAUUUGCGAAGACCCAAUGUUGAUGAUGUGCAACGCUUACUUCAUAUUGGCGAGAGUCGUGGGUUUCCUAGCAUGUUAGGAAGUCUUGACUGUAUGCACUGGCGAUGGGAGAAAUGUCCUAUGUCAUGGAAGGGACAAUUUACCAAUGGGUAUAAAGGCGCUCCUACUCUUAUUCUAGAGGUGGUUGCUUCUCAAGAUCUUUGGAUAUGGCAUGCCUUUUUUGGUCUUGCUGGAUCGAACAACGACAUCAACGUGCUUAAUCGAUCCACGUUGUUCAUUGAGCAACUGAAAGGGAAAGCUCCACGGGUAAAUUAUAGUGUCAAUGAGAAGGAAUACCAACUUGGUUAUUACCUUGUAGAUGGAAUAUACCCCGAGUGGGCAGCAUUUGUGAAGUCAAUACCGAUGGCUCAAACGGAAAAGCACAAGUUGUUUGCUCAAUAUCAAGAAGGAGCAAGGAAGGACGUGGAACGUGCUUUUGGCGUGCUCCAGGCCCGAUGGUCCAUUUUACGGUGUCCGGCGCGCUUAUAUGACCGGGGCGAUCUCCACCACAUUAUGGUAGCUUGCAUCAUUCUACACAAUAUGAUCGUCGAUGAUGAAAAAGAAGAGGCGGGCAAUAUUCUUGAUUUGAAUGAGGAAGCAGGAACAUCAAUUGUCCUUCCAUCGGUAUUUACUCAUGGUGAUAUACCAGUUUUUGCCGAGGUACUUGAAAGAGAUGCUAGAAUCCGCAAUCGUCCAAGGCAUAGAGCCCUAAAAGAUGAUUUGAUUGAGAACAUUUGGAAAAAGUUCGGGCCUCAUUAG